AUGGCACUCUCCUCGAUACGACGCACUAUUGCGGUGCAGUUAAUCUGCUCUCAGUGGCCAAUCAGCCGCUUCAGGCAGAAGGCGACGGGGCGCGCGGCCAGAUGCACACAGACGCAUGUGGCUUGCUUGGCCCGAAGGGAUUGUAACAAGCCGCUCUUUUCCAUUGUUCACAUACGGCGCAAAUCGUGA